AUGACAAAAUUCCCAAUUUUCUUCGCAAUUUUUCUAUUAUUUUCCACCCAAAUUUUUGCGCAAUUCAAUAUUCCACUUCCAUUUGGAAAUUUUCAGAUUGCUAAAAAUCAGAAGGGAGAGGUUAGUUUCAGCCAAAAUUCAUCUGAAAAUUCGAAUUCAGGCUGAAAUUUGGGUUUGAAUGAGAUCUCAUAAGCCUAACUUUUAAAAAAUUGAACUUAGGCUCAAAAUGCUCCAAAUUUUCUGAAAUUGCUCAUGUUAGAGCUCAAAAUGCUCCAAAUUCCACGCGGAAUCCGAAAAUAUCAGAAAAUUCAUCUGAAAAUUCUAAUUCAGGCUGAAAUUUGGGUUUGAAAGAUAUCUCAUAAGCCUAACUUUUGAAAAAUUGAAUUUCAUAUCAAAAUGCUCCAAAUUUUCUGAAAUUGCUCAUGUUAGAGCUCAAAAUGCUCCAAAUUUCAAGAGGAAUUUGAAAAUUUCAGAAAAUUCAUCUGAAAAUUCUAAUUCAGGCUGAAAUUUGGGUUUGAAAGAUAUCUCAUAAGCCUAACUUUUGAAAAAUUGAAUUUCAUAUCAAAAUGCUCCAAAUUUUUUGAAAUUGCUCAUGUUAUAGCUCAAAAUGUUCCAAAUUUCAAGAGGGAUUUAAAAAUUUCAGAAAAAUUUUUCUGAAAAUUUGAAUUCAGCUUGAAAUUUAGGUUAGAAUAAGCCUAACUUUUUGGAAAAUUGAAUUUCAUAUCAAAAUGCUCCAAAUUUUUCAACAUUGCUCAUAUUAUAGCUGAAAAUGCUCCAAAUUUCAAGAGGAAUCUGAAAAUUUCAGAAAAUUCAUCUGAAAAUUUGAAUUCAGGCUAAAAUUGGGGUUUGAAUGAUAUCUCAUAAGCCUAACUUUUGAAAAAAUGAAUUUCAUAUCAAAAUGCUCCAAAUUUUCUGAAAUUGCUCAUGUUAGUACUGAAAAUGCUCCAAAUUUCAAGAGGAAUCUGAAAAUAUCAGAAUAUUUAUCUGAAAAUUUGAAUUCAGGCUGAAAUUUGGGUUUGAAAGAUAUCUCAUAAGCCUAAUUUUUGAAAAAUUGAAUCUUGGCUCAAAAUCCUCCAAAUUUUCUGAAAUUGCUCAUGUUAGAGCUCAAAAUGCUCCAAAUUCCACGUGGAAUCCGAAAAUUUCUGAAAUUUUGCAGCUCGAACUUGGCUCAAAUCAAAAUUUCAACCUUUUUGGCUGGGGAGGUCGACGUGACUUCAAAUUGACUACCGGAAAUGGAACUUUUAAGCUAGACAGUAAGUUUGGGCUGAAAAUUUCAGAUUUUCUGAAAAAUUCGCAAAAAAAACUAGAGGAAAAAUGAGAAAAAUUGAGAAAAAUUGUCUCAAGAACGACUUUUGAUCAAUUAUUCAGCGGUGAAGCGGAAAAAUUCAAUUUUUCUCGGAAAAAAACAUUUUUUGCGGGGAAAAAUGCGGAAUUUUCGAAUUUUUCGGAAGAUUUCCAGAACUUUGAGCUCAAACAUGACUAUUUUUGAAGAAUUUUUGAUUUUGGAGCAUUUUCCGGGCUCGCGGAGCACAAAACGAGAGUUUUACGAAGUUUGGGAGCUUGGGACCAGGAUUUUCAGAUUCUCCAGGAAAUUUGACGAUUUUUGAGCUGAAACAUGACUAUUUUUGAAGAAUUUUUGAUUUUGGAGCAUUUUUUGGGCUCCGCGAGCUCUGAAAAUGCUCCAAAUUUCACAAUUCUUCAAAAAAUACUAUGCGUGGGCUCAAAAAUCUUGAAAAUUUGUGGAAAAUUUGAAAAUCCAGGUCUUGAGCCCUCAAACUUCCUAAAAACCGCAGUUUUGUGCUCCGCGAGCCCUGAAAAUGCUCCAAAUCUGAAAAUCAUCCAAAAAUACCCAUGUUUGGUCUCAAAAUUCCUCAAAUUUUAUGGAGAACCCAAAAAAACUUACCCUAACUCACAAAAUUGUUCCAGGAACCGACGAGGCCUUGGUGAACGGCUCAACUUAUGGUGGAAGUGGAAGUUUCGGUGUGGACGAGAAGACGGGCAUUGAUGUGGGCCAAAAUUUGACGUUGAAUGACAAAAAACUGGUUGGCGGCGUGGGAAAAGAGGCGAAUUUUCUGGAAGGAUUGAUUAAUUUAUUUAACCCGAAAAAAUAA